AUGCAAGAGAGGGCCAAAAGCCAUGAGACAGUAAAGCACUUGCUUAGUCUCCUUAGAAGUGCAUGGCAAGAAAGGGAUGAAGCACAAAAGGAAAGGGAUGAAGCCAGAAAUGACCUCCAAGCCCUCUUGAACAAAAUCUUGGCCCUCAAACCUAUGACAUCUGAUCAUCAUGAUGUCAUGAUCCCAAAGCUUCCUGAUUUCACAAACUUUUACUCUCCAACACUAGUUGAGGAAUCAGACAACAUAAGUGGCACUUGUUAUAACUUGAUCAACAACACCAACAUUGCUGCGGAGGAUCAUAACCAGCGCGCUUGUUCUUCAUCGGCUGCUGCGCCGAUGGACAGGCUCGUUGUCGAGGGGAAGGCGUUGCCCGAGAAAGGGAGGCUGCUGCAGGCUGUGUUGGAGGCAGGACCAUUGCUUCAAACACUUCUCCUUGCACCAAUUCCUCAAUGGAAAAACCCUCCACCUCUGCCUCUUCCUUUGCCUCUGCCCGAUAAUUCCUUUCAAAUUAGUCCUUCCAGUUUACUCGACGCUGCCGUCUCAUCACCGGCGGUGGCGGGUUUCGAUCAUGUUCCUCAAAUGACAUCAUCAUCAUCAUGUUUGGACAUCACUGAACAGAUAAUCAACUCAGGCUCAGGAGCUUUCAAUUAUCAAUUGGGGAAUGGAGAAGGUUUGGUUCCUGACUAUGUGGUCAGUCCAAACUUUUGA